AUGGAUGACUUGUUUGAUUCUUCGCUGAACUUGGAAGACAUCCAUUAUAAGGAAGGCUAUGACGAGGGCCACAGUCAUGGCCUUGUUGAAGGCAAGGAAGAAGCCAGACAGGUUGGCCUCAAGGUUGGUUUUGAGAUUGGCGAGGAGCUUGGUUUCUAUAGGGGCUGUGUUGACAUUUGGACUUCUGCAGUCCGGCUUGACCCUACUUGUUUCUCUCCACGGGCCAAAACCAUUAUUGGUCAGAUGGAUGAAUUGAUUCAGAAAUACCCUCUCAUGGAUCCAGAAAAUUUACAAGUGCAAGAGAUAAUGGAUACUCUCAGACUCAAGUUCAAGAUAGUUUGUUCUUGUUUGCAUGUCAAACUUGAGUAUAGUGGCUAUCCAAAAUCCUCUACAGAGGCCAAUGAUAUUCAGUAUUGA